AUGCAACGAGGUAGCUUAAGGACAGACAAUUUUUCGGUUGAACUGUCUAGCGCAAAUAAUGGAGAUGUUCCGCUAGUCCCUGUUCUGUCAAAUGAAAAUAUUGAGGGAACUGACGGUGCCAUUGCCAAUGCUGCGAUUACCGGUACUAAAAAAAUUAUGGACCCUGAAGUUUCUUCUGCCUCCUUGAAUGGGCAUGGCGACCGAGAAGAAUGCACUAAGGAAUGGGAUGAAAUGUCUGUGUCAAAAGCCACCUGCAAUGAAGAAGUGGAGAAUCAGGAUCCAUCAAAUGAUACUUUUGAAAAAGUUGGCAGUAGCAUACAAAAAGUCACUGGGUUGUGCUAUGCACGACCCACUUUGAACGGUGGUACCGCAAAUAGUGUUGGAUGUCCUACUAAUGGACCAACGAGCACGUCGAACUCUUAUAGUGAUGGGGUUCCAGCAACUGGCUCCUUGAAACUACCCGUAGGUCUUUCGCCUCCUCGACUUCUUAAAGCCGACGACGAUGAUGUCAUUGAUUUGCUUGAAGACGAAAAUCCUGUUACAUCUGCUAAGGAAACUCAUCUCAAUCAACUGUUAUCCAGAUUUAUCGAUUCCGUGAAGGCGGCAAAUUUGAGUGAGAAAACUGAUUCUACGAAGACUGUAGAAUAUUCGAUUGUUACAAGGGUGCCAGAUGCUCAGACAGGGAGACUCUCUAUUCAGUUGGACACGGUCGCCUACAAGCCAAACCAUUCAAAAGCAGUAACUUUCACCGAUCGUCGUAUGUGGGCUAGACAUCGGUUGGAGUUGCAAGCGAUCAUGCGCUCCAAACGACUUCGGCAAUAUGAUGAACGAAUGCGGCAUUAUGAAGGCCCACAUACUAGCUCGAAAAAGUCUGACAGUGAUUUGGAUGAGGCCGAAGAAUGGUUGGAAUGUGAUGAGAGUGACACCUCUACAGAAACAGAAACGGAACAGGAAGAGAAUGAAGAUGGGAAUGGGGAUGAAGACGAGGAUAUUGAUGAAAAUCCCAGCGUAUCAAACAUUCAAAAGAAAGUGAGUCCGUUCGUGGAUGAUGAAGCAGAGGAGAAUGAUGAUAGUGAAGAUUGUGAAGUUGAUAUUGGGGCCUCACAGCAAAGUGCAACUGAAAUUUGUGAGUCUCUAUCUAGCAAUUUUCCUGCAGUUGUCAUGACAUCUCAAGGGUUGGCGUCUAGAGCGCGCGUUGAACCAGGCGAAUUCGACCUCUUUGCCAAUGACGCAACCCUUUUUGUGGACAGUACGUCAGUAGCAUUCAUCCACCUAGAAUCUUUAGAAGCUCAUGAUACCUCUAGAAUGAUUCCAUUUGCACAUCGCGAGAACCCAGCCCAUUGUGACGUAUCUUCUGCCAGUAUUUUAAACCGUUCAUGGAACGGGACGCCUUACAGUAUGCUGUUUAGUCAGAAGCGGAUUCCUUUGCAGGAUUGUAAACAAGUCGUGUACACAUCCUUAUUGUCAAUCCAAGCAGGCAUUUCGGAGUAUUCGUUGUUGGAAAACGAUAAAUCUAGUCAAAAUAUCUCGAAUUUCCUACCUUCACAAACCCAAGUCAGUCUAAAUUCAACACAACUUACCCUUUCCGAAGAUGUAAUUAAUAAUGAUCCAGACAAAAAGAUUAAUAUGCAAUCAGGUGACACACAGGCGCUUGGACCAGAUCCGGAGACCUGUUUAACUCAUACGCAAGUGUUUGGCGAGACUGAGAAGGAUCGAGUCCAAAGUGAUUCCUCUACACAAGCUUCACUUUGUACUCCUGGAUUCGGUCAUAAUCCCCAAGAUAUGCAGACGACUCAGGCCAACGCCAGACUUUCUGCGAACAAUAACACCGAUUUUUCCACGGAAAUGGUUGAUACACAGCUAGCGCUUCCAACUGACCCUCAAUAUCCAAGUGAGCCCCAGAAGGUGCAGUCGGCAAAUUUGAAUGGGAAUAUUUUGAUUUCGGAAUCUCGUAGACGUCUUAAGCGUCUCCGUCACGAUUCCGGUGGAAACUCGAACGCCGAGGCAGAUUUUGAAUACGCCUCAAGGCGCAGGACCUUCUUCAAGAUGACACAGGGCAUAGAAGGGGAUGGUGAGAUGGGGAAGCUGUCAGAUGAAUCACAAGCUAAAACUAUGCCCUCUGCCGACUUGGUCGACAUCCUGGUGGCGGUUGGUGAUGAAGGCGAGGAGGAAGAAGGAGGCGAUUAUCACAAUUUUAGCGAAAUAAAAGGUGUCGAUGGAGGGACUGAUUAUUCCUCUAACAGUGAAGUGGAAUGUCUCCACAUUUCCGAACGGGAGAAAAGCCGUCCCAAUGCAUUGUGCAGAUACAUGCCGAAGGACUUCAUCGAUGAAGAGGCCGAACUCUCAGGCGAUGAUGCGGAGCGCGCAAUUUACAUGGACGAGUGGGAGGACAUCGACGACGACUCUGCCACGUGCAGUCUGAAGGACUUUGUCGACGAUGAGAUAGACGAUCGGAAUGGCAAACUGCGACGCGAGGUGGAGCGCGUCUACAAUCGCAUCCAGAAUGACGAUGAUCAACGGCGAAUUCGCUAUCUUAAGGAAAUGUUUUUCGAAGACGGGGACCUCUAUGAGGAAGACGGAACAGUGCGGCGGCGUCGUUUUCGAUGGAGAGGCCUUGAAAAAGAAGAUCCAUUUUCCACUAGGAGGACAGAAUCGGAUGAAGAGAACGAAGAGGAUGAGGAAGAAGGAAAGGUGGGAGGUGCGGGUGUUUUCUCUGCUUUGGUGUCCAAAGGCACCGGUGUCAUGAGUCGUUGGCUACUGCAAAGCUCCUUGGGCUCCCUCUCUGAAAAGUUUCCCACUACUGAAUGUGUUAGUGGUAGUAGCAAAGAUACAGACACUCGCAGUUCAGUGGUUAAAUCCGUUGAUGGCACCAGCAUUAUGGAAUUUGGUGGUUCUUCGGAGAGUUUUGAGUGUUUUUUUCUCUGCAUCCACAGCAUGGCUCGAUUCUCAGUCGCUCGGCGACCCUUCUGCCUUCGUCUUCGAAGUCCAACGCAAAAGCCGCUCGCUGUGCACGCUCUCACGCCGACGAGGAGGUAG